CACAAGCAAAAAGGGAUUGACAUGUCUAGAAUGAGUUCACAUAAACAUUCAAUGUUCUAUAACAGUUUGGACUAAUGAUUAUGCUUUCCCCUUUUCUUCAUCUUUUUCAUCUUUUUCAACUUUUUUUCAUCCACAUUUCCUCUUUCUUUCAACAAGCACUUUUCUCAAGAAUGAAACAAUUUACCGUCUCUACUACGUUCUCCAAUAUCAGAUCACGAUGCAGAAAACAGCGACGAACGACUAUAACAGAAGAAGUUGAUCCAGAUUGUCUCAUUGACUAUGAUUAUCACAAUACUAAUACCGUCACUGGAAGAAGAUCCCGAAAGCAUGGGCUAUCCACCCUUUCCUCUUCAUUUGAAAAAUACAAGCAGAGAUUUGUAUCUGGAGAGAACAAAGAACAUAACAAGUAUAUUCUGGAAUAUACUACUACUACUACUACUACUACUACGCCCUCAGUUGUUACAGGAGAAAAAACAAAGACACUCAUCAAGCGACCUCGGUAUAAUGCAGAAUCUCUCGGCAAGACUUAUCAGCUGCCAAUCACUAUGGAUGCCAUACGCUCCAUAAUUUUAGAACAACAUUGUCAUAUCACGAAAGAAGAAGAACUUGAAUGGUUUGUAGAAGGGAUGGAAUGGUUAGCACAGCAACAGUCUGAAAAAAGCAAGAACAGUGCAGGACGCUAUUAUAUUGAAGAGGAAAAACUAUACACAGGAUGGGAUGAAGACAGAAUCAAUUACCAAAAUGAUCUAGAGGAUUUAGAAAGAGCAUGUGAAGCGUAUUUCGGUAUACCUUUAGGUAUUUGUGAAGACCAUUGGGCUGCAGAUUAUCUGUUGAAUCGAGCAUCCAGGAAAAGUCUUUUCUUCAAGAGAGUCCAUCUGUUUAACAGCAAAAGAAAUUUAAAUUCUUCACGCACGAAUCGAGUGCAGCGAUUUUUACUUUGUUGUUUUGGUCUUUGAUUCGAAUACAUCAGCACUAGUCAUGGGCCUAGAACCUCCUCAUACAUUAUUGUGAUUCCUCAGCCCUUAAUUAUCGCUACAACAUACAACUCUCUUUACAAUAAAUAAAUGAAGCUGAUAGUCUCAAUAAGAA